AUGACAUUAAACGUCAAUCAAGUUUUGGCCAACUACAAGUGCUAUCAAGGUAAUGAACGCACCGGCUCGUUGACUGAAGCAUACUGUAACAGCGACUCGAAUGGAUGCUUGAAGUUUGUGGCUUAUGAUGGUUCUAAACUUACUAGGCAAGUUACUUUAAUCUACAUUAUCCAACUCUGCUUUCCCAUACCGUAAAACAUGAUAUGAUACCCUACUCUACCCUACAAUACACUGCUGUACUUUGCCUUACAAUAACCUACGCUGCCCCAUCGUAUUUUAAUCUACCAUACCCUACCCUACCCUACCCGACAAUACCCAUACCCAUACCCAUACCCAUACCCACACCCAUACCCAUACCCCUACUCUUUCUUUUACCCUACAAUUCCCUACCUUACCCAAACGUACAAUCCUUAAUCUACACUACUAUCUUCUCUCUACCGUAUUCUGCCGUACCAAUUUAACAAACCGUGCUAUACAGUAUCAAACCUUAUUUUUCAAAAACAUUUUUUCAGAGACUGUGCCCUACCCAAUGAGUGCACAAACAGAGUUAAAGAAGUACCACUGCAGUAUGGUACUGUUUACUGUUGCUACUCAAACUGGUGCAAUUCUUCUUCAAAAGUUUAUUCAGCUUUCUCAUUGGUCCUGUUACCUCUUUACUAUGUUUUACACUAA